UGGUGAUCCACUGGUAAUAGACACGGAAGCCUGUUAAGUGAAAGCUUCUUCUACUCCUUCCACAACCAUUUGAACUAUUUGAAACAUUUGACUAGAUAUUAACCGCUACACAUAUAAGCUCACGACUUAGAUAUUGGAUAUUGGAAUCUCAAGGACGUCGUAUUUUGUUUGGAGAUGAUUCCCGAGGCUAUGGCGCUUUGGAUUGCAUCUUUACAUUUAACAUGGAAUUUUUAUUUGAUGAGACCCCUUUACGCACGUAAGUGAACAUUUAUUGUUGGUUUUCCACAGCGCUGAAUCAAUUAUUCAGUUGCAUGCAUGUAACGAUCGCUAUCCCAGUGUUUCGAGGGCUCGCGAUUCACGAAAGCAAAUAAUUAAAAGUUCAGCAGCAAUCUACUCGUAUAAUUUCUCUUCAAUAAUCCACUGGGAUCUUUGGCGUAACGUUUCGCGGUCGGUUCCUGACUAAACUUUGCGGCUUCAAUUUUGACUGACCUUAAAUUUAAAUUCAGACUCAGAUUUAUGUAUAUGCUUCUAUGAGUGUCCAGUCUUCUCUUGAAUGGGUUCCAACAAUUGAUGACACUGUGGAAACAUGUAUGCCACUGGUAUACUCCUCGUUUCUGGCUUUUCUACUCGUCUGCUAUGUCCUCUGAGUUUUCCUAAUCUGGUGGGAAGAAAAAGAAGAUAUAUUAAAUCCAGAAUCGUCCCUUAGUAUUCUGUACAUAAAAAUCAGAUUGCCUCUUAAUAUGUGGUAAGACAAAGUAAAGAGGUCUACCUUUUCAAGCUACUCUUUGUAUGGUAAACCCCGAUGUUCUGAAAUUGCAUGAAUAGCUGACCUCUGCAAGUUUCUCAGGAUAUCCGAGUCACCUUUUAAACAGGGAUUUGCAGCCUGAAGGCAGUUUUCAAGUUUAGUUCUCACUAAGGUUGUGUAUACUGUGGUGAACAUAGUAGAAUCUAACUUGAUGGAUGUCCAUCUUAAAGCCCAUAGUGUUUCAUACCCCUUAGCUGCUACCUCGCGGCAGUGGACCGUGGUCUUAAGGUCAUGGCUCACUGUCACCCGAAGGUAAUUGAGAGACUACGGGUACAGACAAUUCCCCUAUGUUGUACCUAUUCGCCUUUGUAUCCCCAAUAUGCAUGUAGACACACUUGGCUGCGUUGGUGGAUAUCAGCCAUUUAUUAGACCAGUUAGUCAAAGCAUCUAGGUCUGCGUCUCCUGUUAUUUCUCGCCGGGUUUUUACAUAAGCGUAUAAUGGCAUUGAGGACUUUACUUGGGAGUUUGUUUUCAUACAGUAUAAAAAGUAAAGGACGUAGGAGAAAGUCUUGUGGGACUCCACUGAGUACUGGUUUUCAGGCGGAACACUCGGAAUUCAUCCUUACUUUCUGUCUACGACCCGUCAAAAAAUCCUUAAGCCACUUUAGGAGAGGUUCAUCAAUGCUAUAAUUUUCCAGCUUCAACAAUAGUGUUAUUUUCUGCACUUUAUAAAAUCCCUUGCUAAAGUCUAUGUAGAUAACAUCCACUGAUUUUGCCUUGUCUAGAUCCUCUAUCCGGUUCUCUCUUGCUAUAAGGAGAUUUGAUAUGCAAGAUAAACGUUUCCUGAAACCAUGUUCGCUGUUUAACAAGUUGUUGGUUUCCACGAAUGUCAUCAUCUUGUUGAUCAUUCUUCCCAAUAUUUUAACUACGACACUGGUGAGGCUGACAGGUCUAUAGUUUGAUGGGAGUUUUCUUGAUCCUGUUUUAUGUAUUGGAGUGACAAUUGCACCCUUCCAGUUCGUAGGUACCUCACCUUGGUCAAGUGACAUAUUGAAUAUUGUAGUCGAUGGGGCAGCAAUAUCUUGUGCAAUUUGUCUCAAGACUUUAGAAUGUAGUUCAUCCAGUUCUAUUGACUUCUUCAUAUCUAAAGUACAUCAUUUCGAUCGAAGUCCAAAGUGAGCAGGCGAUUUUUCGACUUUGUAUUUAGAUCUGGUUAUUCGUCUAGAAGAGGCUCCUGAGUGAAAACUGUCCUGAAAUAGUUCGUCAUAGCCUCUGCUUUUUCCUGACCAUCUAUCAUUUGAGACACAAUCCCUUCCGUAAUUAGGUUUGGAAUCCUAUGCUGCGUGCUUGUCCUGUAAUUCAUGUACGAGAAUAGUCUCUUAGGCUGCUUUAUUAUAUAUUCGGCUUUUUAUAUUUUUACUAAGCUUCCCAUAUUGUCCUUAUACACUUAUUUCGCACCGACCUGUAGCGUUUGGAGAUAUCUACAUUUUACUUAUUAACAUGGUAGUCAAUAAUAUGAUUGUCAUGAGCUCAUUUUUAUCCUGAUGUUUUUGUGCACUCCGGCCUGUUAACUGAAAUCCGGUAAGCAUACGUAUAAAUGUGGUUAGAGACCUCGUUGCUGUUUAUCUGGCUUGCAACAAGUGAAAAUUCGAAAGUACUGACUCAGACUUUUGUUUCCCGUCUUUACUCCAGGUAGCCACACAUUUGGGACAUUAUGUCAGCAAUCUUAAACAUUAAACCGGUCACAACAAACUGCAGUGUUGGAUAUUUUGACCAGAAACUGCCAUCCUACUUAAACCCUGUGUAAACAUACCCCAGUAAAUGUAAACCGUCAUUUAGUAGGCGAAACUAGUCAUUGUAUAGCAAAUGUUAAUAGCUUGUAGUCUGAGAUACUUCUAAUCAUUACAUUUAGGUUGUACACCUUUAAAUUUCGGUAUUUCCGAGGAUGUCUGAUCACCACUGUUUUCAUGUUUUACGCUUAUUUAAUAUAAUGAUAACGUAGUCCUAAGGCUCACUUAUGUUUAGAUAUGGUAAAGAACGUUAUGUUGUUGCAAAACCAUCCGGAACUAACAAAUGUUGCUGCUGCUUUUCCAGAAAAGAGGAACUUCUCAGGGUCUUAGUGAGACUAACGUUUUAUUGUUAUAUCCUGUCUACAUCUAUUUCCUAAGAAUAUUGUGGUAUUGUAUGACGUAUGUCUCAGGGCCUUCAUUAUGCCAAGUUUUUAUAUUUAAAUUAAUGGGAGAGUUUGUUCAGUGAAGUUCUUAUCAACGAAUUUGUUCUAUUUAUACAAUCAAUCCUUGAGACUGUAAUAAAGUAUUUGUUGUAUGAUUCGUUUCAAUGAUGCCAGUCGUGUAUCUUUCGAGUUUUGUGGUAACAUGCCUAUCUAUUAUUAUUACCACUACGAUUUUUAUAACUCAUUAUAUGUUGAGAAUUUUGGUACAUCAUGGUCACCGACUGUUUUUUAUUUAUUUGAACACGAAUAUUGGUGCCAAGGGGCACCAAAUACAUAUGCGCCACACAAUAAUAAGAAGAAUGUGAAGAGAUAGAGAAUUUAAAGUGCGUAUAAGAAUAAAGAGAUCAACAACGAACAGGAAUUGAUGCAUGAGAGUGAAAUAAGACAACCAGAAAGAAUUCUUCCAGUUAAAAAAGGUUACGCUCAUUUUUUUACGAAGAAAGUAAAGGAAAGUUACUGCAGGAUCGCCACUGGCUUUUAUUCUAGCAAAUGGAUUAAGAAGGGAUCAAUGAAUAAAAGAAUCCAAAGUAAAAUCACAGAAUAUAUACAAAGAUUAUGCAGUCUUUGUGAUGUCUUUUUAGCUAGGUAAAAGAAAUGAACGGAAAGAUUAUUAAUUAUAAUUUUGAGUCAUUUUUGGCAAUAUUUCAGGCUAUCUUGUAGCAUUAUUUCCGGGGCCUCAUCCAAAAAGUCAUCAUACAGCGACGGUUGCUUAUCCACUAAAAUUACUUGUUACGGUUUCACCACAGAAACUGAUCACUUUAAAUGCUUUCCAAAUGGUCCAAGCUUCAGCAAACAAUUGUUGUCAUGGCAUUCACUAGAAUAUGCACCUAUUGUACAAAACCUAAAAUACUUAUGGCUAUGAACUGAUCAUGAUUCCACUAGUUUAUGCAUUACCACUCAUUAAGAUUGUGGCUUUCAUGUUUCUUUCGAGCUUUAUCAUCAUCUAUCACACCUUCCGUCGAUGUUCCACAAUGUCUUCAAGGAGAUACCAAAAGGAGAUUUGAGAAAGUAGAUAACGCUGCCUAGUUGGACCCUAGGUUCAAAUUAAUCAAGAUGGACAUCAAAGCAUUAGAAGUCUUUUAGAAGUUGGGUAACUGCGUUAGCGUAAAAUGAUAUUAAAGCGAUAAUGGAUCGUCAUAAAAAUUGAUAAUCAGGAAAAGUCGCCAUAAAACUACCUCUUCUCCAUUAUCUGAUUUACUGUAACACCAUCAAAUACACAUUAUACGAUGUUAAUCACGAGAUAUUUAGAUGUACACGGAAUAGACAAUGUUUGAUAGCCUUCACGCAAACUAUUCAGGUGGAUUUUUAUCAACAGGCUAAUUUUUUUUGGGAACAAUUUUGUUAUAGAAGCCCAUUCAAUUAAUUUUUGUCUCCAUCAAAAUUCUUAGAAAUGUAGUAAAGGUUUUCUUAAGUUUUCUGAUAGUAAAAUUCGGUUUAGAAACUAUUAGCUUUACAUAAAAAUUCUUCAUUUAUCCUAGAUCUUUACCGAACAGUUCUUUUGGGAGGUGGCGCCUACAUAAUUUCUCGCGAAGCACUAAAAGCGCUCCACAAAAGGAAAGUGACUCAUCUCAAGGCUAUCGAUAUUUAUAAAUCUCAAUUUCCAGAUAGAGUUCCUGUAAAAUACUUCAUUUCUAUAGGUUUUAACUUGUAAUAGUUCGAUUAGAGUUCCUCAGGUAACUAGUCCCCCUUUUAGUCCUUUAUUUGCAUAUAGGUCACAUUAGAAUAAUAUUUUGCAUGUCAUUGUUUUAUGUACUAAUCUCAUUCAUAAGUUUUAACUAAGGUGGAAUAAACUGAUUUGCAUAAUCAAGUCAACGUUAUUGAAAAUACGGCACUAAGACGGUUAAAAAAGGUUAGAUGAAGGAUAGUUCAGUGAUUUAAAUUCAGUAAAUGAGCAAUAAUUGUAAAUGUACCGGAUCAUUAUGUAUAAUUAUGAUUAUGAUCAUAGGUUACAGCUUCGGUGUGAUUUAAGAUCGAUGACGCUGACAAAAUGCAGUCUUCUGACCACUAUAAGCAACAAUGCAUUCAUGUCGGCAUGCGAUUCUCUCCCUCGAAAUGCAAAAUGUUGCUUCAGGAUUGGGUUGCAUCGACACCCGAACUAAUGAUAGGGAGUGAAGUAGUUGAACGUAUCGACCGCUUCACUUAUCUCAGAAGUCUCAUCAGUCCUUGUGGUCUGGUGUGUGACAAAAUUCCAGCACGGAUACAGAAGGCUCGACUAGCUCUUGCCAACUUGCGUCAUUUAUGGCGUAGGCGAGAUAUCUGUCUAUCAAACGAAGGACCGGUUUACUGCGCAGCAGUUUGUUCCGUCCUACUUUGUGGCAGUGAAACAUGACCAGUAAGAGUAGAAGACAUUCGUAGGUUACUAUUAUUUGAUCAUAGGUGUCUUCGAAACAUUGCUCGUAUAUCCUGGGACCAUCGAAUAAGUAAUGCAGUUGUUAGAAAACGGGUACUAGAUAAGGAUGGCAAAUCAAUUGAUGAAGUAGUGAAAAUUCAUCAGUUGAGAUGGCUGGGACACGUGUUACGUAUGCACAACCACCGACUGCCCCGACGUGCGAUGUUCAAUGGCAUAGGAGUAGGUUGGGAGAAAGCUAGGGAUGGCCAGACCAAAACAUGGCAUAAAUCCAUGAAGUCACAGACAAGUGGACUGAGCCAUGUUGGUAGGUGUAGACUUUCUGGUUGGGAUCCGCGAGAUGAUAGCAACCGAUGGUUAGAGACCCUGAAUGACAUGGCUCAAAAUCGUUUGCAAUGGCGCUGGUGCAUCCACUCUUUGUGUUCUUCCAAACUCUGAUCUCCUGAAUUCUUCAUGUCCCUUUUUUCCUCUUUCCAAAUUUAUUUCACUGUAUUAUACUCCUUGAAUAACAUCUUCAAACCCUAACCUCUCUGAUUCCUGCUUAUACUCUUACCGCCACUACCACUACGGGAUUUGAAUCGACAAUUGUAUCUCUGUGCUAAUGUGCUGUGGCAACUCGGACUGAUGUACGUACGCACGAAGUUCUAAGUUGUUACUGAUUUAUUCAAGUAUACAUACAUUUAUAUCUUACCUCAAUAAAGUUUCAAAACACACACUUAAGAUGUAAGGUAUUAAAAUGUUUAGAAAUCUGUAGUUUAAUUGUCUCCGUCAAGAGUUUCUUGCACGAUCAUUGAGCCUCAUUUUAUGAAAUAACCUACCAUUUAAAUAUGAAGUAAAAUACUUUGGUCAAAUAGUGAUUAUAACUCAUUGGCAAACAAUACGUCUGUUUUCAAACUGUGAUUUAUGGCUUAAAUCUUUAACGUUCCUCAAUGUCAAACGAAAUAUCCGUCAUCAUUUUUAUUCGGGGUUGUCUAGAAAACAACUAUAGCUUACCUAUUGGUAAUUACAGUCAAUAAUAUAAUAAAAUGUAGAAACGUUCUCGUGUUACUGUUUUAUUAUGAAUUCCUCGUUAAUAAUGCCGAAUAGUAGCAUACAUUCUAUGUAAACUCUACUGCAAGAGAUUUCGAGUUUGGUUGCUAAAGAAAUGGUUAUCUUAAUUUUUUUUACAAAUAUCACGUCUAUAGGCUUUGGUUAUUUAGUUGUAAAUUCAGUUGAUUAAUAAUAAUCAUUACAACUAUUUCAUGCAAUGGGUUCGCCUAACAAACUUAAACAUUAAACAAGAAUGACCCCCAAAUGCCUUGGUACGGCCGAGGGUGUGAAGAGUAUGCUCUUUCUCGGAAUUGGCACUCGUAUAUAGCAACUGCUAUGAAAGUCCUACUCACUUCCUUCUUGCGGUAGGGAUGUUGUUUACGAAAUUGAAGGGAAGGAAUGCGAAUAUUCGAUACUUAAAACGGCUUAGUAGGUACGAAGGACCCAACUAAAGGGGUUGGAAAAUCCUGAUUCCAAACCAGUGGCUUAAAUGGGUCUAGGAUCCUGAAAAAGCAAAUGACGUACGAACCUAUUGUUGGUCGCCGGGUACCAUGGAACCGCUUUGUAGAUUAUACCUCUAGGUCGAAGCCUCGGGAAACAACCCCUAAGAAAACCACCUGUUUCGGUUUGGGCAUCCGGGCAGUAUCCCAACUUACACACACAUCCAGUGAUGUGUAGCUCACAUAAUAUUUUGGUGUCCCUUUGUACCAAUGUUUAUGUGUUUAAAUAGAUAAAAAAGAGGAUAACGGUGUUUGCAGAAUAUGACGUGACUUCACCAUGUUUCAUUGCUGUUUUCAGCUAGAUUCCCGUUAAUAAGUUCGUUUAUUUUGAAUUUUUCGCAAUUUGAAAGAACGAAUCAUCCACAAAUAAAAAAUAAUUUGUUUAGUAUAUAAAUAAUUAAUAAUCAGAGUUUUUACAUGGUUUUUAUAAAUGCUUGAAAUAACAAUCCAAGGAUGUUUAAUGUAAUAGACAUAUAAGUUAAACUUACUAGAUUGUGAUCAUAGUUGAUUAAAAGAAAAUGAAAAUAGGUCACAUACUUAGAUAUUGUAGGCCACCAUGGUAGAUGAAAGUUAAGUAUUAAAAUAUCAAAUACGAAAGCCAGGUUUAAGCGUUCGAAUUACUUUGAUUUUAAUGUGGAAUCGGAUUGUUUGUGAAUAGUUUUAAAUAUAUUCGUAGAUUAUUAGUAUUUGGUUAUGGAUGCCCUCAAAGUAUUACUUUUAGAUGUUAAAACCAUUGAGCUACAAAUUCUGAGGUUAGAUGCAGAGUAAUAGGGACGAUGGCGUAUCGAUUGAUAAGAUAGUGAGUUUUCAUCAACUAAGAUGAAUAAGACUUGAAUCACGUGUAUCUAACUAGUGUCUACGUCGACGCGCGAUAAUGGCUGGUUUAAGAGUAGGUCAGAAAAAUGAUAGGGACGGCCAAACUAAGUCGUGUUAUCAGUCCAUGAAGACACUGAUUACUGACCUGAGCCAUGUAAUUAGGUGCAGACUAUCUGGUUGGGGUCCGUGUGAUUAUGGUAAUAAAUAGUUAGACGUUUGGUAGCACGGCUCAAAAUCGUUCCCAGUGGCCCAAGUGCAUUUACUCUUUAGAUCCCAAGUCUUUUUUAGGAUAAUUAUCCUGAAAAAUGUCACUAAUCCGUUUUUCAUCUCAACCUAAUAUUUUCUGAAACCACCAAUAUUGCUACUAAUUACAUUACUGUAACACCUCGCUGCGCUGAUGUGAUGUAGCAACUUUGAUCGAUGUAUACAUGUCACGGGUUCGAUAUUGCAUAUAUUUGACGUGGUAUGGAACUAAAACGUUCAUUUUAUCCUCAUAAGCAUUUGUUCUUUGAGAUGUGUUCAAUAUGCUGUGUGGAUUCCAGUCUUUAUGUUUUUGAAUGUGCAUGCAAGUUGAUAUAAGUGGUUUGUGGAGAUAACGUGUAUCUGUCCACCUUUUUCGUUUGGUAAAUUUUGUUGAGAUCAUGAGUCAAUUGAAGCUAGACCACCAUGGAAAACCUGGAAGCACCGGACGGUCGUUUCUCCCUAUUGUGGGGUCCCCCAGCGCACGAGACUGAUAGGUCCUGGGUUCGAAUCUCGCGAGGCGGGAUCGUGGAUGCGCACUGCUGAGGAGUCCUAUAAUAGGACAAAACGGCCGUCCAGUGCUUCCAGGUUUUCAUGGUGGUCUAGCUUCAAUCGACUCAUGAUCUCAACCAUUGAAAUUACUAUAAUAUCCACAAAAACCCUUCUGAUAUAAUAAACCUUGUGUUAUGUACACUAAUCACAAUUUUUCUAAAGAAAAUGGACUUUUAGAGCUAGAUUUAGUCUUAUUUCAUUCGUGACGUAAUCGUAGUUGAACGCCUUUGAUCAGACUUGUAAACUUCCAUCUUAUUACGGUGUGCGGUACUAUAUAUCCUUAUAAAGGCUCGAGACUAUACAUUUCAUUCAUAAACAAUUAUCUAUCGCUUCAUAUUCGAGAUUCCAUAACCCUGUUACUGAGAAUUCGCACUAAUCCGUGUUCAUAGCUUAUAGGGCAAAAGCCAUAAAAUAUCAAGUAUUAUCUACUCCACGUUUCUUUGUGAAGAAUGUACAUACCCAUGUUCCUCCGUAAAUUUAGUAUUACAAUGGACUUCAUUUAAAGUUCCGAGUAUCUUAUUUACAUGAUUUACGUCGUUGCACAAAACAAAGCACACCUUACACAAAGUGCUAUUUCAUUGAUAGCGAGCUGUUAUUUAUGAAGAAUAACGUUACUUUUUUAUUUAAACUUGUACAAUUAAUUUUACUGAGUAACUGGUUUUAUUAUGUCAUACAAAACUUGUGAGCUGAAUAAGAUUUAGUAAUUAUGGGCUUUUAUAUAUCACUGACCGCCUUAUUUGUACAUAUUUGUUUUUACGUAUUCCUCAGAUGUUUGGUUUUGCAAUUCCAAUACAUAUCUGCAAUAUGACACGUAUAUUCAUUCAUACAUCAAAACUGAAAAUAGUAUGAUAAUAUACAUACAAUUUAACUUCUAUGUUCAAAAUAUCCACCAAUACGAAAAUAAAUUAAACUUCAUCCCCUUGCGCAAGCUAGCGGCUUUAUUUUAUUUAUUUAUUUAUUUAUUUAUUUAUUCGAACACAAAAUUUGGCACAAGGGGGCACCAGGUACAUAUGCGCCACACAAAUCUCAUUAGAUUUGUGUGAGGGCUGUGAUACUGCCCGGGUGCCCAAACUGAAGCAGGUAGGCUAGUGGCUAUCUGAACUUAGUAGCUAAGUGGGUAACGCGAUAGCGUUUGAAGCGAACGGUAAUGGGCUUGAGUCCCGAAUUAGACAUCAACUCUAGGGUGCAGGUACAUCCAGCUGAAAAGUCCCAAAUACGACGGAACGAGCGUCUUAAAUUCCACUGCUAGCCACCAUCCAUCUUUGCUUAUAAUGACUAGUAUCAUGUUUAUUGACAUGAUGUAAAUUCCCACAUAUAGAUUUGUGCACUUGGCUUUGAAUCAAACCCUGCGUGAUGGCUAUGGAAAUACUCAGGUCGCCAAAUUGAAAUAGAUGGGGUAGGACACGAAUCUACGAUAUAGUGGUUGAAUGUCUACAAGAUAUAUCAUAACGUUGCUUAUAUAAGUUAAGAAAAUCUGAUGCAUGUGAUUAUUUAACCGAGAAAAAAAGUUACCUUUAAAGUAUUUAGUUCUUUUGACAGUUCUUCAGCUUCUAAGCGUAAAGUUUCUUUUAGAGAAUUCUUCUCCCUUAAAGCACUAACCGUGGAUUCCAGUUGAACUUUAGCUUCUGAAAGUGCAUUUUCAGCUUCCUGUUCUUCUUUUUUAAAUUCAGCUACGGCGUUUGCUGCUUUCUCAUGAGCUAACUUAGCUUUUAAAGAUGCUUGAGUAAGACGUUGUUCAGCGUUUUGUAGAGAAUCUUCGACUUGUUCUACACAAAACGAAUAGAUUUAUGUAAGUCAAAAAGUGCACAUCUAUUAAAUUAAUUCUCCUAGAAAUAAACGCUACCUAAUGGAUUUCAACGAUGGAAUAGAGAAAAUUCAUAAAAACGAACAUGAUUCCAAUGAUGGUAUCUUUCAAAACAAAGAAGGAGGGAAUCACGAUGAACGCCAUCCAGUAUGAUGCACCCACUAAUGAUAGCAACAACGACAAUAAGGAUAAGUUCUAUGAGAGGUUGCAAUCAAUCAUAGCGGAGUGCCCAAGAAAGGAUCUCACAAUCGUGAUGGGAGACCUAAACGCCACAGUCGGAAUGGACAACACGGGAUAUGAAGAUAUCGUAGGACGACAUGAACUAGGAGAAAGGAACGAGAAUGGUGAGAGAUUUGCAAACCUAUGUGCAUUCAACAAAUUGGUUAUAGGUGGCACAAUAUUCCCACACAAACGCAUACACAAAGCUACGUGGAUCUCACCGGAUCACACUACGGAGAACCAGAUAGAUCAUACUUGUAUCAAUGAAGAAUUCAGAAGGACAAUGGAAGACAUGAGAACCAGGAGAGUCGCUGACUUAGGUGAACUGGAUAGAGGAUUCAGUAGACACCCAACUUUGAGGUCAACUGACCGGAUUCCGUAAGGAUCGGUCGUGCACAGACCGAUUUGCGACACCACGGAUCAUCGUUGAACAAUCAGUUGAAUGAAACUCGUCACUAUAUAUCAACUUCAUUGACUAUGAGAAAGCUUUUGAUAGUGUGGACAGGAGAACAUUAUGGAAACUUCUUCGACACUAUGGUGUACCUGAAACGAUAGUCAACAUCACCCGGAAUUCAUUGCAACGUGGUGCAUGGAGGACAGCUGACAGAUGCAUUUCGAGUGAGGACCUGAAGUCAGACAAAGCUGCUUACUCUCCCCCUAUCUCUUUCAUCUGGUGAUUGACCGGAUUAUGAAAACCUCGACUGUACGGAGCUGAAACGCGGAGAACUACAACAACCAUCAUCAAAAGGUACAAGUAUUUAUAAACAGUUGCCUACUCAAGAUACUCAACAUCCAUUGGCCGGAUACCAUCAGCAACAGCCUACUGUGGUAGAGAACAAACCAGCUCCCAACUCAAGGGGAUAUUCGCAGAUUACUGUUAUCCUAUCCUUGGUGUCUACGAUGCAUUGCUCGUGUAUUUUUUGACCACUGAUUUUGAAUAGGGUAUUCGGCAAAGAUGUGAAAUCGACUGAUAAGGUAUUAGGUCUCUGUUAACUGAGGUGGUUGGGACAUGUGUUACGUAUGCCCAACCACCGCCUACUUCGACGGGUGAUUUUUCCAGGUACUGGAAGAAAGCUAAAGGCGUCCAAACCAAGACAUAACAUCAGUGGCAAUUGGACAAAGACAUAGUAAUGGGCACAAACUGCCCUGUUGGGACUCGGUUGAUUAUCGUAACCAGUGGUUAGAGACUUUAAAUGGCAUAGUUCAAAAUCGUUUGCAAUGGAACAGGCACAUCCACUCUGCGUUCCUCCGAAUUCUUAGAUUCUGAAUUCCUUAUAACUUUUUUUGUUAUUAUUUCUAAGUUUUUUUUCGAGUCCUGUCUUCGAUGCCUAAUUUUUUAAAUUAGCACUUAUAAUGUUAUUACCUCUACUAUUCUGGGAUUUGGCCUUACAACAUAACUUCGUCUCCCUCUGCUAAUGGGGUGAUGUUACUUGAACCAAUGUACAUACGUACAGGUUCUACGUUGUGACUGACUGAUUUCGGAAAGCCGAAUACAUUAAGAUGCAUUGGUAACUGAAUUGUUUUAGUAGUUCAAUUAUUUUUAGGGACAAUUUCGAAGCACCGUCUUUCUUCAGUGGUGGAAUUAUCUAUUAGCGUCAAAGGGGCUUGAGUCAUUCGAUAAAGGAAACGUCGAGAUUCUACCCCAGUAUGACUGUCAAAUCCAGUAUCAAAUGAUGUAUUUUUUAAUUUAGUUUUUUUAUGUGAUCUCAUCUGAUGUCAGUUUUCAGCUGACUACAAAUAUAUAACUUUUAUCUAACAAGUUACACAACCAACUAUAUAGCUAAUAUGUAGAUCCAAUUAUUUGUGUUUUUCUUUGCAUAUAGCCUAUCAAACGUUCGGUGAAAUAAUCGAACCAUGGAAACCACUACGCUGAUUGCUUUUUUCGGCAGUCAUAAAAAAUUUUAAUAUCUCAUGUACUUAGUUUCAAAUUGUGAAUAGAUUGAUUGUUUGAAAUAUUCUACACAUUUCAUUUUCCUUUGUUGUUGUCUCGAUGGGAUAAAGACGUGACUUUAAUGAUUUCAUUUUCCGGAACGUCCUACGGCGAGCCUGGUUUGGGUUUCAAUAAACCUUCCUCGACUUGGUAUGCGGUAUUCUCUGGCAAUACAGAGCAUGCAUAGGUAAAUUUGGCCAUCUGGCUGGUAAUUUUUUUGAGCUAGCAAGAAGUUUUCUAUAUAUCCAAAACCAUGGGGCUUCGUCUCUAGCUCCAGAUGCAGCUAUAUCUAAAUAAGAUGCACUCACGGUACCUGAUUUAGUUAAUUUGGGAUAUGAAUACACACAUUUCAGAAAUCAGUAUUAGAUGAGUUAUAUAUAUUUACGUGGGAUAUCACACUAGAUAGAUCCCAUGAUUGCUAAAUCGGUUGUUCGCGCUGUAUAAACUUCUUAUUUACGAAUAAUACUUAGGUAAGCAGUAUAACGGAUAUGAUGAACUAUAUAUGAACGGCUACACUGUGAAAUAUGGUGAAGUUUAUUACGGUAGCACACAAACUGCAAACAUAUAUCAUAAGGGGGGUGAAGUGAGUUAACAGUUGGGGGAAACAAUUUUGCUACCCACAAACAAACCGAAAUAAGCAGUUAUUAAAAUUCGGAAGGUGUGCAACAGAACUACUUCGCAUUUGUAAAUGUCCUCCUUUUCACUUAAGAGAUCUGAAAACAAUGAAUACAAUAGGACGUAGGAUUAUGCUUGCUGAUCAAGUAACAUACCUGUACCUCAAGUCUCGCAGCUGAAUCAGACUUAUUUCCGAGAAAGGAAAACUAAUACACCGAAGAUAACAGACACAAAAGUUCAAAAUCAAAAAUGAGUCAAAGAUGCUGACGGGUGCGAAUGAAUAGAGAACAUCUGGCCUAACUUUCUGUGGGAUAGAUGGACAAUUUAUUAAAAAUCUGGGUUAAUUUAUGAACCACAGUGGCGUGUCUUGUCUAGUGCUACUUUUCAUAACUGGUCAUCCCUGAUUGUUGUGUCGGAAACCCUUAUCACAUAUACUCGAAAGGAGGGACCUCUGCAAUUCCCACGACGCGAAAGCAAGAACACAAACACUGGUAUAAGUGAUGAUUUAUUAACCCCAAAAAACGACGACCCUAGUCGGAAAUACACACGUUUAGAUAUUGAUUUAUACACCCAUUUUUGAUUAAUAAUUAUGAUGAAAUCACAUAAAUGAAAAAUAGUUAUAACAAAUCAUAUACUGAGUAUAGUUCAUGUUAAUUUAAUACAAGAAUAUUGUAUGUUAUACAGAAUAAAUUAUCAUACGAGAAAAGGAAACAAAUACUGAGUGAUCACAUUGAAUCAAAAAGGAAGUAAUGUUGAACAAAGCUCAUAAUUAGUCAAUUAAUCGAAUUUUGAGUUUCCGUUCCAUCAAUUCGAUAUAGUUUGUGUAAAUAUAUAAUAAGAGAAAGGCUAAAACUAAAAAAACUAUACUGGAAGAUACCAACCAUCAGUACACUAGAAAGCAAUAAGUACGAGCAUCCUCAAAAAGCCUGAAGAAUUAACUCAAAAACAAGAUAAACUCCAAGGAACAACCAACGUCAACAUGAUAACCAACUAAAAACCAAGCACAAAGGAAAUACAAUCCACCUAAAAAAGUUACUCAACUAGCAAACUUCAACUAUCACACUUGCAUCAAUCAACACUAAUACCAAAACAUGACCAAUCCAACUACUCAAUUAUCACAAGUACGCAAAGUCACCAUCAACACACACACACUCACCCUCACUCAAAACACCUAUUCAGUUACUUACUUACGCCUGCUAUUCCCAAUGGAGCAUAGGCCGCUGACCAGCAUUCUCCAACCCACUCUAUCCUGGGCCUUCUUUUCUAGUUC